ACGUUGGUCACUUCCUGGUGGUGUUUGCCUCACCUGGCGGCCGUAAGUAGACCAAGUACCUUUCCCUUAUCUCAAUCGCACACAGUCAUCUUGCAGGCUUGAAAUCUGAUUGUUCUGGAACCGUUUGAGAAAAAAAUAUUCUCAUUCUACAGGUUCGAGUCGUGUUAGUAGACAAGACAGCCAUGUUUUUCUAUUACGUCUUUGCCUUGGGUUUCAUCGUCUGCACAGUUGGAGUCUGCGGUCAGGACAAUACGACGCCGCUGCCGUGUUACAACAACGACGUGUUGGAGAUCGCUUGCUGGGGUUACAAGCAGUGCUACAACAACAUCCAGGUGACCUUCAAGUGUUUACCCCCACUGGUCAUGGAGAGAGCGACUCUGUCAUGUGUUGAUCCAGCGACCAGCACUUCACAUGAAUGUUCGCAAGUGGACAUUAACAUUUGCAAAGGGAAGAGCGACGGGUUUUAUGGUAACACGGCGAACAAAUGCCACACUUACACGAGAUGUAUAGGUGGAGUAUCUAUUGGUGAAUUCUACUGCCCUGCAACCACUGUGUUCAACGAUAAGGACCGGACAUGUGACUACCCUAUCAACGUGCUGCCCCCUUGCGGUGUAAAGCCAGUGGUCGGCUAAACAGUGACGUCAUCAGGAUUUUUUUUUUUUUUUUUGCUACUUUGACAGGUUAAGUUUAUCAAAGGGAGGGAAUGUUUGUCAAGAAAUAAAUGUUUGCCCACAUAAAAGAU